AUGUCUUUCUCUGAUGAUCUUGACUACUGGCGCAACAACUCCUAUCCUGUUACCUUCCAAAACCAUCGUGCGGGCUGCAUUAUCAGCGGACACAACAUCACCAUCGACGGAUACGGUACCGGAGGCAUCGAUGGCAACGGCAAUACAUGGUAUACAGCAGAAAAGGGCGUCACACAACCUGGGAGGCCGAUACGCUUCGUCUUCUGGAACGUCUCUGAGGUCAAUGUCGAGAACUUCUAUGUCAAAGAUCCGCCUCUAUGGAGUGUCAAUAUCAUAAACGGCACGAACAUGCGAUUCAACAACAUCCACUGCAAUGCGACGUCGGUAGAUGCGCCGUACGGCUACAAUUGGGUGCAGAAUACGGAUGGAUUUGAUACCAUGGAUGCUGUGAACAUCCAACUCACCAAUUUUGUGUACCAAGGUGGAGAUGACUGCAUCGCCAUCAAGCCUCGAUCGUACAAUAUUGACAUCCAGAAUGUGACAUGCGUUGGCGGAAAUGGCAUUGCCAUUGGUAGUCUUGGUCAAUAUCUCGAGGACUCCAGCGUGGAGAAUGUCCGUGUGGAUAAGAUCAUACGGUACAACGAAGACAUGCACAACGCCGCGUAUAUCAAAACCUGGGUCGGCGCUCUGGUCCCCCAAAGCUCAUACGAAAGCGCUGGUCUCCCUCGCGGUGGAGGCUGGGGCACUGUGCGAAAUAUCCUCUUCUCGAACUUUGAGGUGCAAGGAGCGAACGCCGGACCAGCGAUAAAUCAGGACAGCGGUAACAACGGUUCAUACUCUGGAUCGAGUCUCAUGACCGUCUCCAAUAUUGUCUUCGCCAACUUUACAGGCUACACAAACGGUGGUUCCAGUGUCACAUCGAAGGUCUCUUGCUCCGAGGUUCAUCCUUGCUACAACAUCGAAUUUGACAACGUGGUCCUCUAUCCUGGCAAGAAUGCAUCAACUCCUGGAAGAGGAUCCUGCCAAUAUGCCGAAAACGGAGGUGUUCAUGGACUCGAGGGAUGUUAG